AUGGACAAGUUUUCUGCAUUUGGCAAGAACAUCAGUUCGGCAUUCAAUUCCACAGUUACUCCUUCCUGGCAACGAAGUCAACAGUAUCUCAAAGAGCAGUUCGGAAAUGCCGACGACAAGACGCAAUUACCCGCAGACUAUAUCGAGCUGGAGAAGCGAGUCGAUGCUCUGAAACAAGUCCACCAGAAAUUGCUUGACGUAACCAAGCAAUACCAGAAUGAAGCCUAUGACUACCCCCCCAACAUCCGCGAAUCCUUUGGGGAUCUCGGUCGCAGCAUUUCGGAGAAAGUGACGCUCCUCUCUAAAGCUCACAAUGCGUCCGAAGCAGCAACCGCCUUCACUGCUCCCCCCUCUGCAAAGCCCCAACCGAAGACGUUCAAUCAUGCCAUUGCCCGUGCCUCACUGGCAAGUUCCCAGCUCCUCAAGCAAUCCAACACUUCCGGAACGGGCGAAGAUCCACUAGCCAAUGCCUUGGAGAAAUAUGCCCUUGCGGAAGAGAAAGUGGGCGAGGCUCGAUUGGCGCAGGACCAGGCCAUCCAAUCCCGAUUUCUUGCUGGAUGGAGUACCACACUGAACACAAACAUUCAAUUUGCGACCAAGGCCAGGAAGGCCGUCGAGAACAGUCGGCUGUUGUUAGACAGCACCAAGGCAUCCAAGAAAAGUCAAAUUCAGGGUCGUGGCAUGAAUCCAGAUGAUGAGACCGCCAUGAGCGAAGACGCUCGGGCUGAGAUUGAGGCCAAAGAAGACGAUUUCGUCUCACAGGUGGAGGAAGCUCAAGGCGUGAUGAAGAAUGUUCUGGACACGCCCGAACCACUCCGUAACCUGGCGGACUUGAUUGCCGCGCAGCUCGAAUAUCAUAAGAAAGCAUAUGAAAUCCUGUCCGAGUUGGCGCCAGAGAUUGACCAGCUCCAGGUCGAGCAGGAAAGUAACUAUCGCAAGAGCAGAGAGGGUGCUUGA